GCACCGCCGAGCUCCGGACCGGAGCGCAGCGCGGCGGGGAGCAGGUUCCUCGGCCUCCCGCUGCCAUUUUGGGACCAGGUGCUAACCCCAGAGAUCUGCAAUGAAACCACACCUGAAGCAAUGGAGGCAAUGCAUGCUUUUCGGAAUAUUUGCGUGGGGGCUCCUCUUCUUGGCCAUUUUCAUCUACUUCACCGACAGCAACCCCGCUGAGCCUGCACCCAGUUCCCUGUCCUUCCUGGAGACACGGCGGCUCCUGCCAGUGCAGGGCAAGCAGCGUGCCAUCAUGGGCGCUGCGCACGAGCCUGUCCAACCUGGAACCGCUCUACGCGGACGCCCUAUUGGGUUGGUCCGCCCAGCGCCCGCGGACUCCCAGGAAGCGGCCUGGACCCAGGGUGGCAUUGGAAAUGAGGACGAGUUCUUCUCCUCCCAGGUUGGGAGGAGAUCCCAAAGCGCUUUCUACCCGGAGGACGACGACUAUUUUUUUCUGGGCAGCGAGCCAGGGUGGUAUGGCCAAGCUCUGGGGGUCCUGGGGCUCCCGGCCCCAGGUCAGCUCUCCUCGCGGGCGCGCGCUCGGUCGUCGGGACUGGGUCCCAGCCGGCGCUCGCAGAAGAGGACCCGGCGGCGGGCCCUGGACGGCACAGAACCUCCCUUCGCCGCUCUCGGGUGGCGGAGCCUUGUCCCCGCUACCCCUCUGAGCCAGCUGCACCCGCGCGGCCUGCGCAGCUGCGCUGUGGUCAUGUCGGCUGGCGCCAUCCUCAACUCCUCACUGGGCGUGGAGAUCGAUUCUCACGAUGCAGUGUUGAGGUUUAACUCUGCUCCUACGCAUGGUUAUGAGAAGGAUGUUGGAAAUAAAACCACUAUUCGCAUCAUCAACUCCCAGAUUCUGACCAACCCCGGCUAUCACUUCAUUGACAGCUCUUUGUAUAAAGAUGUCAUUUUGGUGGCCUGGGACCCAGCUCCGUACUCCUCCAAUCUCUACUUGUGGUACAAGAAGCCAGAUUACAACUUGUUCACUCCGUAUAUUCAGCACCGUCAGAGAAAUCCAGCUCAAGCAUUUUACGUUCUGCAUCCUAAGUUUAUAUGGCAGCUCUGGGACAUUAUCCAGGAGAACACAAAGGAAAAGAUCCAGCCCAACCCACCAUCCUCGGGGUUCAUCGGCAUCGUCAUCAUGAUGUCCAUGUGCGACGAGGUACAUGUGUACGAGUACAUUCCGUCCGUGCGGCAGACCGAGCUCUGUCACUACCACGAGCUAUAUUACGACGCAGCCUGCACGCUGGGCGCCUACCACCCGCUGCUCUUCGAGAAGCUCCUGGUGCAACGUCUCAACACAGGCUCGCAGGCCGACCUACACCGCAAGGGCAAGGUGGUACUGCCAGGCUUCCGGAAGGUGCAGUGCCCAGCCCCCGGCCUGGGGGAUGCAUAGUCUUAGGAAGGAGCCUCAGAACCCAUGUGCAAUAAGGUAUCACUGCCAUCCUCGGAGUCAUGGAGGACACUUGAAGCUAGGUCCUAGACAGUGUCAUGUGGAGUCUUGAAUCGUAAUGUAACGGUGGCCAUAAGAAUAAUUCUCUCCCAAGCCAUUGAGUAUUUUUUUAGUACUUUGGGCAUAGAAAUGGAAUUUUAAGUAAAACAUUCAAAAAAGAGGCAAGAAAAAGACUAGACAGAAAACCAUGGGUCUGAUACUUUGUGAAGUGCAGGCAUUCUUGGGUCAGGGCUGCCUUUUGUCAGGAUGUCUGGAGCUACAGGCUUCGCUGACGCUGCUGGUGACAGAAGAGGCCUUCUAUCUAGAUUCAUCCAUGUGGAGGUCAGUGCAUGGCUGUCACUGAUGCAUGCAGUCAUCCUUAAAGAUCCUGCAUUUUCUCAUGAAUGAGUUAUCAAGCAGACAAAUUGAUCAGCAGAAAUCUCCCUAGAUCAGACCUUCCAUACUAGAAGGAAGGACUUUGGAGCUUCGGCCCCAGGUUGCAGGGGACGCACAUCAGCCUCUUUUAUGGGACUUCCUACAGGUUUUUAUAGCUGCUGCAAAACUGACAGCUAAUUCUUCCAACUGACAAGUAUUUUAGAACCCAAUCCUGGUUUUCACAGUUGUGUUUUCUGUCAGCAGCAUGACAAAGCCAUAAAAUUAAAUAAAAAUGAGUGAAAACAUUGCUCUUUAACAAGGAAAAUCAUACCUGUUCAGAUGGAGAGGCGGGCAGGUAAUAAACUCAUACCAGCCUGAUAGUGAUACUGAGGUUUUUAACCUCAAAUUCUGUCCCUGAUAAAUCAGUGAUUUUUGGUGGUGCAACAGAAACAUUUCAGAAUACCUUAACUAAAUAUACCAUUAUUCCAAUAUCAAACCAAAACAUAUCUCAAUGGCACAAUUUAGACUUCAGGGCAGUAAUAGCAGCUUAAUUAAAGACAGUCUCCCUUGCAAGGUGUGUAGCCAUCGGGAGAGUUUGGUGGCUAAGGCUUUUAUCUUUCUGGAUUGGUUUGUUCCAGUGCUUUCAGGAUGGCUUCUGUGAGCAAAAAUGGUUUACUGAGAUUGGCAGCUUCUCCCUGGCUGUUCUACUCUGUCCCCUUAUUCCCAUAGAGAAGUGGGAGCAAUUUUGAAAAUUUUUCAUUUAUGAGAUAUUAUCUAAUAAAAAUCCAUCCAAGGAGCUUCCUUACCAAGUCUAUGAGAAGGGGUGGAUGGUUUUGUCUUAUGUGUUAAAUUAUGUCUGAGUAGACACCAUCCAGCCCUGCUUCUCCCUAAUUUUCUGAAAUAGCUGGGUCAUAUCCACACACUUAAGGGAGUAGAAACUUCCCUGCUCUGGAAGGAGUCGACCAGAGAUGCUGACAGGAUUGCUCCCCUGGAGUGCAGGCAUCUUUCUAGAUCUUCCAAGACUUGCCAUUUUAAAUGCCCACAACUACUAAAACCCCUUUUAUAGUCUUCCAAGUGGAUUCACUCAUGGGCAUCCUUAUUAUCCAGGACAGCCUUCUUUUGGCGGCAUCAGAAUUCAGUUAGCAAACAAAAGAUUGGGGUCAAUGUAGAUAUUCAAGUUCAAAGCCUCUAGAAAACACUUCAGAGGUUUUUAAAUAGCAUGCUGUUGUAGCACCAGUACUUACAAAAGAGGACUUUCAUUUUCAUGGAAUUACACGAAAUUACAUGGAAUUACUGAUGAACAUAAUGCAAAGUCAAUUAAAAUUUGUGAAUUUAUUAUGGCCUUAAAGAGUCUUGGGAAUCAAGAGUCUGUUGAACCCUGAGGAGUUGAACCCUGUGGGCGCAUGUGUUUACACAGUGCUGGCUGCACAGUCUUCAGUUUAAAAGUUUAAAUCAUUCAACCUCACAAUUGUGUUCUGCUCUGCAUCAGUGCAAAGGCUCCUCCUGGCACUCCUUGGUUCUGAGGGGCGGAGUUUCAUCAGACAUUGCUUACUUCCUGUGAGUACAGUGCUGAGCUCCAGUAGACACAGGACCUUCCAAGGAGUGGUUAGUAGUGAGUGACCUGAUUUCUUUUUCCCCCUUCUGCCCCUUCCAGAACUCACUGUCCUCUGGAGAGGGGAAGCUGAGGAAACCCUCGCAUCCCUCCUGAAGGCCUCUGGUGCUGCUCUGCACUCAGCACUGGCCAGUGUCACAUUCCUCUGCACUUCCAGGUCGUUCCCCUCUGUCUUUGUGGAGACCAAUAAUGACACCUUCCUGUACCUCAAUUCCCCCAUCGUGUUUCUCCAGUUGUCCCUUUGGGGUGGGAGACUCUUCUGUCCUCUGGGUUAGGGCCAGACAGGCUGUCUGGAUGGAUUAAGAGGGAUCCAUUUUAGAUGGGCCACACUGACAGAAGAACGUCAUGAGCACCAAUGACGUGAUCAAAGUUCUCCAGGUUUUCCAUCACUAGACACAGUGCGCGUGGCUGAGGGUACCUGGUCCCCUUCUCCGUAGCUAUGAGGAAACAGACAAAAGUGGUUGUGUGGGGCUGGGGGAUUGUGGGCAGACACACAGCAUCCCAGUGUGUUUUGGCUGGUUUAGACUCUUACCCUGUGCCACACAGUGGAUAGAGACAGCUCUGUUUAGAAACUAACUGGAAAUACAUGCCUGAGUUUCUCCUUGGCUUUGAUACUUUUGAUAUUUCCAUUGUGAAAUUACUCUGCAUGAUUCAGCCACCCGGCAUUAUGUAAACACUUGGUAAAUGAAAGGGAUUCUUCUGAUAGCUCAAGGAAAUAAAAUGUAAUUUCUGAUUCUUGUUUUAUUAAAUGAUCAAAGUCUUUUAGUAAGAGAAAAAUAAUGCAGUCUAUUCUGUACAAGUUUAGGUUAAUGAAAUUUGAAGAAUUCAAGACAUUGAUAUAGUUCUUACUCUUAGUAUAGAAGUGUGCAUGUAGAUAUAGUUAUAUAAUUGUAUAUAUACGUAUCUACACACAUGAUUGGUUUUAUAUUGUUUUUUCAUUAAUUUUUAUGAUGUAACCUUUACAGUAAAUUUUUAAAUUAUGCAAACACUAAUUUUUUAAGAGAAGGAAACAUAUGUUACACAUCCUUCUAUUAAAAUGUGGUUGUCCACCCCCUCAGUAUACAUAUUCUAUAACCUCUGACUAUGAUAAACGAAAAGCAUAACAGAAAUAUUUUAAAAGCACUAUGAAACUCGAAUUGCUACCUAAUAUUGGAUCUUCAUCAGAAGCCUUAUUGUAACUCUGAACCCUGAUGUUUUUCACUAACUCAUGGCUUUUACAAGAUUGGGGGAAGAAACAUUUAUUGCUUCCAUGGAAAAUAGCCUAACCGGUUAAAUGCAUUGGUGUGAUAAAUCUAGCAUUUAUAACAUGCAUCCUGUUUUGCUUUGGAUUAAAUACUUAUAAAAUCCUUCCAGUGGAAACCAGUGAACUUUUCUAACAGCUUUGGGAAUUUUUUUGUAUGAUAAUUUUUAAACUGAAAUGUGUAUCCUUCCAAUUAAGUGCGUC